UGUAUAUUUACAGUCAUUUUGUGUAAUUCCUGUCAGUUAGUCCACAGCAGUGGUUCUUAAUUAUUUGCUGUAUGAGUUGCUGCCACCUAGUGGCUGAAGGCUUGUUAUCAUUCAAGCAUUAACAGCAGUGGUACACUUUUGUCCUUGGGAGCUCCUCACGCCCCCCGUGGCACCUCACUGGAGAGGGAGAGCAGCAGCCAGGAGCAGACGUCACCCAUGCGAGGGGACACCGACCGCGACAACUGCGUGGACACGGAGGUUCAUAUUCGUUACGUUUCUCGUGUCCAAAAGAGCAUCAAAAUGUACCACUGGAGUCGGCGUGUCCCAUUCCGAGGGGAACCCACAGACACACAGACCUGUAUUACACGCAUUACUUAUAUUUCAAAUCCACGGGGAGACGAAGCAGAGGGAUGAAAGAGCCACAUGUGCACCAGACUAUAUUGCCCCUUUAAAAAAAAGACCGCGAAAAUGAGAUGUCGUUGACAAACGUCUCAAAUCAGUUAAUGAGUAUUUGCACAGCAACAGGUUGGUUGAAGCCUUUAAUUCAGGAUUUCAAAUCGCACCAUAACAGACAUUAGCUGUAUACGCCGCCCUUAAAUGUUUUAGGAGGAUAUGUUAGAUUCAACGUUUAUUUUGAACCUUUAAAAAAAUGAUUUGUAAAUCUAUGCUAUACAACUGAACUCCAGCGAUAAAAUGAAGGCAAGUCAGAGGACUCUUUAAUUUCUAUGUCAGCUUGCUGGGGGAGGGAUGGUUCUGCUCCCUCCCCUUCUCUUGUCUCCUCUCGUCUCUGUCUCACCUCACCUCACUAAGGAGCUGCAGCUGUCGCCUGAACUACUGCUUCACGUCUCUUACCCUAACGCAGUUCGACACGACGACAAACCAGCAGAUAAGGAAUCAUGGGGAAAGCCUGUGUGAAGACAACCAAGUACUUCCUGUUUCUCUUCAACCUCAUCUUCUCUCUGUUAGGAGUUGCUAUACUGGGCUUUGGACUUUGGCUUCUCCUGGACAAUCAAAGCUUCAUCAUCGUCCUCAACGACUCCACUGCUGUCAAAGUAACCUGCUACAUUCUGAUUAGUGUCGGGGCUUUCUCUAUGCUCCUGGGAUUCCUUGGCUGUUUGGGGGCCAUUUAUGAGGUUCGCUGUCUGCUAGGCCUGUACUUCACCUGCCUCCUCCUCAUCCUCCUCGCUGAAAUUGCCACCGUUGGCCUCAUCUACUUUCAGAAGGAUGUGAUAAACAAAGAAAUGUCCAAGAUGGUCACUAAGGUCCUGGACAACUACCCUGGCAACAACUCGGCCACGGAGCAGGCCUGGGACUUCAUCCAGAGAAACAUGGAGUGCUGCGGCUGGAGCAGCCCGCAGGACUGGAGCGGUAACAUGAUCAUCGUCAACAGUUCUCAGCUGCUGUUCCCCUGCUCCUGUCAGAACGCUUCGCUCACUUCAGGAAAUGUCUCUGACAGCGGCUUCUGUGAGGCGUCGUCGUCUGAUUGGCCCGUUUAUGACGUGGGCUGUGCUGCCACGGUGGAGAGCUGGCUCCUCACCAACGUCGGGGUGGUGCUGGGCAUCUGCCUGGGCGUGGCCCUUGUUGAGCUCCUGGGGAUGAUCCUUUCCAUCUGUCUGUGCAAGAACAUCCGCAACGUGGACUACACCAAAGUGCCCAAGUACUGAAGCUGUUUGGUCGGACCGCGGUGGAGUCCACCCUGAACAUCAUGUCUAAAUGUAAAAUAAUGAUUUUACUCAUAAAUAUUGUUCUUGUUUUUCCUUCUUUUUAAUGCACUUGUGUCUGUUUAUAGUUUUUUAAGCACUUUACAGACAUUUAUUUAGAACUGAGCAGGGAACCGACGUUUGAGAUCAACCAACAGGAGGAGUGAGUGAGUGAAGGGAGGUGAUGGUGAUGGAGGGGCAGGAGGAGGAGGAGGAGGGGGAAAUGUGAUGCAGCGGUU